AUGUCUCUUUUUACCCCCUCAGCACGGAUACUGCGAGGCCUCGGCCCUCAUCUCCGAAAGUCACAAUGCCUUCGCACCCGCGCUCAAUUCCGCACGCUAACAACCAAACCACCCCUCUCCUCCCCUCCGAGCUCCAAACCACCCCGCACCCGGCUGGACCCCAUAAUCCUCCAUCGCCUCGAAGCAGAACGCAGAGCAUACUACAAACGCCGCUCCUACUACGCAGCAGCCGGUUUCGUCUUCGGCAUGAUAGCUAUCUUCGUCACAGCAACACAAAUCCCACUCGAUCCUACCCCAAAACCUACCUCCACCUCCGACUCCUCCAGCACAACCAGCUCAAUCAUCAAACCCACCAAACUCGAUUCAGGACGCAGAGCAGAUGACCCAAUGGUAGUUUUAGGAAGGGAGAGGAAAGUGGUAGUGCAAAAGCUCGGCGAGGAGCCUGAAGAGAAGGUCGACGUAGUGCAUACGGGCACUUCUACAGUACCGACAUUUCCUAGGAUACUAGAUUUUUACGACGACGAGCGAGAAGCGCGCGGUAAUGGAACUGCGCCUGCUGUUCUCGACGACAGACUUGUGGAGUACCAAUUAGUCGGUUUGGGCAUCCGGACGGUCAGUUUUCUGGGGAUAGAAGUUUAUGUGGUAGGGAUGUAUGUCGCGACGGACGAUAUUGCAGCCUUGCAGCAGGGCCUGGUGAGGAUGAUUGACCCGGUUGCUAGUACGCUUGUCGCAGGGGAGAAGGAGCAGUUGAAGGGCAAGCUGUUUGAUGCUGAGGAGGGGACGAGGGUUUGGAGCACGGUGUUGAAGGAGGGGGGCAUUAGAACGUUGUUGAGGAUUGUGCCGACGCGGAAUACGGACUUCCACCACCUGAGGGAUGGCUGGGUUAGGAGUAUUACGGCUAGGGCGGUGGCUGAUAAGGAACAGUAUGGAGAUGAGGCGUUUGGGGAUGCGGUAAGGGAGUUUAAGGGGUUGUUUAAUAGGGGGAGCGUGCCGAAGCAGAAGGAGCUGUUGCUGAGCAGGGACAAGAAGGGCAAGUUGGCGGUUUGGUAUGAUGAUGGGAAGAACGGGGCACAGAGGUUGGGAGGUGUGCGUGAUGAGAGGUUAUCGAGGGCUGUGUGGUUGAAUUACCUGGCUGGGAAAACGGUCGCAAGUGAAGGAGCGAGGAAAAGCAUUAUAGAGGGCAUUAUGGAGUUCGUAGAGCGUCCCGUUGGCACCGUAGCCACACAGGUUGUAUAG